UAUAUAUAUAUAUAAAUGACAAUAGAUGAAGAAGAAUGUUAAAUCGAUAAUUAAUCGAUAAUUAAGAGAAGGAAAAUUUGCAUCCGAGUGUAAAGUCGAUUUUGCAAUUGGCACGAACAGUGAACUUUUCCAAGAGAUCUCUUAGAGUACUCGACGAAAAUCAUCGAAGAAAUGAUUCUGUUGAUUUUACGGAUGGUCUCUAUUAUCGUUACUGUAUCAUCAUUCAUUUUGUUUGCAUCAUGACGAAGUCGUUAAUUUUGUUUCAAAAAAAAAAAAAAAAAAAAAAAAAAAAAAAAAAAAAAAAAAAAGAAAAAAAAAAAGAAAAAGAAAGAAAAAAAAAAUACCCCGAUGAAAUCGAUAUUCCUCGAGAUCAAUCGUUAUUCUUCGUAUUUCUCAAAAUUUACUUUUUCGAGACACAACUCUUUCUAUUCCAUCGAUUUUCUUUUACAUGGAAAUCUAUCCAUUGUAUAGAAUUCUUCUCAUAGAAGUAUUUCAUUGGACUAGUCGUCCUGUUUUUACCUUUCGAAUUCGUUUUCGUUCAACAAAAAGCUCUGCCAUCCUAGUCGAGAUUCGACGAAAGACUGAUUUUGAAAAUUGUACGGCCAGAGGUAAGAGGAAGAGAGAGAAGAGGGCUGGAAGAAUGUCGUAGGAAAAGAAGAGAGAAAGAGAGAUAGAAACGUUGUAUUUGUGCCACGAUCAAACAAGAAAGGCGAACGGCAAAUUGAAUUUCCCAUUUGCCCGAGGACGAAGGGCUCGACCGUCCCUUCUAAGAAGAGAGUACGUUUUCCCUUUUCCUUCCUUUCCUCUCUCUCUCUCUCUCUCUCUCUCUCUCUCUUUAUCUAUCUCUAUCUCUGUUUCUCUCCUUUCAUUUCUUUUCUCACUGUCGAUCGACUCGACUGCUUUAAAUCUCGUCGUCGUCGAUCACUAUCCAUAUGCAUAUAAAACCUAUACGAUAUCGUGGAGCAAAGUUCCAAGGUACCGAGAGAGAAAAAAGGAAAAGAGAUAAAGAGAAAAAGAAAGAAAAAGACAAAAGAAGAGAAAGAAAAUCUGAGAGGAGCGUGUGAUCGUACGCGCUAAGUAUUCGACUGACAUGCUCUCUUAAAGAGAAAGGAUCGGAAAAAGAAGAAAAGAAAGAAGAAGAAGAAGAAGAAGAAGAAGAAGAAGAAGAAGAAGAAGAAGAAGAGGAAGAGGCCACGAUUCGGUGGAAUGAUAAACGACGUGCUUCCAGCAGAAAGCGGAUGAUAUCUUAUGCUUUAUAUUUCGCUGCAAUCGACCGUGCUGGCGGAUAAUGAAAAGGAAUGGCUUAUGGAUAUAAAACGAAGCCAGUGUGUUACGGGCUUAAAGGAUUUAACGAUCAACGUCCCAGCAAUGGUAAGAUCUGGUGACACCGUCAUACUGACUUGCACGUACGACCUAGAGGGUUCAUCGUUGUACAGCAUUCAAUGGAGCUUAGAAGAGGUAGAAUUCUAUCGUUACGUGACCGAACGAAUGCCACCCCAAAGCGCGUACAACGUGAGUGGAAUACAUGUAAAUGUCACCGCAUCUGAUACAACUAGUGUCACCUUGGUCGACGUGUCCAGAAAUCUGACCGGGACGUACAAGUGCGAAGUAUCAGCCGGUGUGCCCUCUUAUCACACGUUGAUCGAAAGAGCGAAAAUGAUGGUCGUAGACGCCCCAAAAACGGAUCCUACUAUCGGCAGUGAAAAGGAGCGCAUAGCAGUUGGAGAGAUGCUCAGAGCGAAUUGCACCUCCGGUGCAUCCCGUCCAGCCACUGCCAUUACGUGGAUGCUCAACGGAGAUCAUAUUACAAACAACAGCUCACAAUUUUGGAUACAAACCUAUUUGAUUUCACUGGAGGAUGGCACCGUAAAGACGAAAUCGCUUAUAGAAUUUAAAAUCACCAAUGACAUGUUUCGAAACGAUCGGCUGCAUCUGCGCUGCAUAGCCUUCAUUUCCGAUGUAUAUCGAAAAUCCGCUGACAUGGAAAUCUCUAUCGACGAACCGCUUCUUGCCUCUAUCACCGGUGAUGCACCUGCACGUAGUCACAAAUCAAGUGCAAGCGUCGUAAUGAAUCAAGAACUUUGGUACUCCGCAACGAUGACUUCGAUAGCUUUGGCUACAGCGAUACUGGCGAUGACCGAAGCCUUGACAAGCGGACGACUUACGAACGCUGUACUCGGUACAAGGUAGCUUGUCCGCGACAUUAACGAGAACAUCACUGCCACUGUCUGAUCCGAAUACAUCGUCCAUGUAAAACCUAGUAGUCUAGGGCUUCCAGUUAUGUAUGUUACUAUGUAUUGAAGUAGAUAGUCGAAUAAUGAUGAUUUUUAUUGAAAACGAAUGAGAUGGAAUAAGGUGAAAUGAACAAAAACGAAAAAGGAAAUAAACAAAAAUAGCCUGACGACGACGAUAAAAAGACGGUGACACGUCGCGUUAAGAAAAAGACCCCAUUGUAAAAUCGACGACGACCUAUUAUUAUACAUAAUGCAGUUACUUUUGAACAUGUUAUCUUUUUGAUGUAAAUUGUUGAUUAAGAAGAGUCAAAGAAAUGUGAAGAACGAAGAUUCGUUCGUUGAAGUGAAAUAAGUAUAUAAAAACGAACGAAAAAUUGGUGCCAGGUUAAAUGAAGGGAGAAGGAAUGUUGUGCGUUGGAUGACUACGAGUUCUGGCGAGAGAGGAAAAUGUUGGACAAUCAGGAACUAUUUUCGAUUUCCUCUCCCAAUUACGUCGAAAUAUGUAUGUCUAACUAUUGCCUCUCCGCGAGACACGAGUUGUUCUCUCAGAUUUUCUCUUCUACGAUUAAGGAUACGCCAAUGUUCAGCGACGAUGAAAAAAUAAUAAUAAUAAUAAUAAUAAUAAUAAUAAUAAUAAUAAUAAUAAUAAUAAAAAAGAAAAAAAACAAAUAAGGAAAAAAAACGAAAAAAAAAGAAAAAAGAAAAACAAAAAAUAAGGGUAGAUUAUAAAAUUGAGAUAAUCCUCGUAACGAUCGGUAUAUUAUAACGUUAGCGCAGCUACGGCGAGCGGCAACGUUUGGCUCGAUAUCCGCUCCUUUUAAGACGCCUAACAGUGAAUGCGAAGAAAGAAACGAUAGGUACUGGUUUGUAAUCUGUACAAAUUGUAAUAAAUUACAGUACGAACAAUACUGAUCGAUGUUCCUUUCUUUCUCUCCGUUUUCAAGUCUUCCCAUUUGUUUUCCGUAUCUUCAGAGAAAAGAGUGGAUAAAAAGGAACGCUUUAACGAUUAUUAUAUCGAUAAAAGUUCUCUCUUUAAUAAUCGGAUAUUACAAAGUACAGUACUCGUUUUAAACGUUUUCCAUUUCAAUAAGAAUCGAAGUACUCCAGAGAAAUAAUGAAAUAGUGCUUUGGAGCUUUUAUCAAGCCUCAAGAAAAGAGCUACAUUUUCUUCUGCAUGACGAACCAUCUAUAAAAUGAUCAAUUACAAGUAGUAAAGAAGUUGAGAAAUUGAUAUAUGAUAUAAUCAAAUAAUAUCCAAAAAUAUUAUAUACCAUUAUAUAUAAUUUUAUAAAUAAUUUUACGAUACAAGUGAACUAUUUCGAUCGUUCGAUAUUUUUUAACAAUUGUUCACUCAAACAUUGAUACCUCUACACAAUUAGAUCAAUAUUAAUACAUGCACUCCAACUCAUUCA